GGCCUCGGCGGGAAGAGGGGUAGCGGCUCACGGCCUCCAUCCAUCCAUCCAUUCCUCCGUCCCUCCGCGGUAGAUGUUGCUGAAACCGUGUGUCAGCUGCAGCCUGUAUGUCCGCCCUGGGUGGAGCGUUCUCCUUUGUCGAGCUGGGAGCCGUUCUCCUGCCUCAGCCGAGCAGAAGAGGAGCUAGCGAGGAAAAGGAAGCGAGCUGGAGUUGAUGUGGGAGAAGUUCGUGUGCAGGAGAGUCUGGCUAAAUUAUAUCCUGGGUAUAUGUCUUGGGAGCAUCUUUCAGCCUCAAAUGGAAAUGAUCGGAGUUUGAGAGAGCCCUUUCCCAUAUUCCACUUAGGAGCUGGUGGACUGUCAGAAGGCGAUCAAUAUCCACAAAGGAAAAGGAUUUCUGGCUUCUUGGAGAAACAGUAGAAAAUGCAAAACGAAAUAAUAAAGCCUGCUAAAUACUUCUCGGAAGUGGAGAAGAGUGUGCUGCUUGCUCUAGUGGAGAAGUACAGAUACGUACUUGAAUGUAAAAAAAGUGAUGCGAGGACUAUUGCUCUGAAACAACGCACCUGGCAAGCAUUAGCACAUGAAUAUAACUCACAGCCCAGCGUAUCUCUGCGAGACUUCAAACAGUUAAAGAAAUGCUGGGAAAAUAUCAAGGCACGGACAAAAAAGAUAAUGGCACAUGAAAGGCGGGAGAAGGUAAAAAGCAUUAGUCCACUUAUAAAUACUCACAUCAUAGGGAAGGAGAAGAUUGCCAGCAUAAUGCCUGAGCAAAUAUACUUUUUGCAGAGCCCACCAGAAGAAGAUUCUGAAUAUCAGCCUGAUGCUUCUAGUCAAGAGUCGUUUGUUGUCUCAAAUAGAGAACUUUGUGAUGAAGAGAAAGAGCUGAUACAUUUCCCAGUGUGUGAAGGUACCUCCCAGCCUGAGCCUUCGUGUUCUGAUGUCAGAAUAGCAGCAGAUAAGAACUACAGAAGCAAAGCAUCUCAGGAAAGUGCUCUGAAAAAGAUGCAUGAGGAAGAACAUCAUCAGCAAAUGUCAAUUUUGCAACUGCAGUUAAUCCAAAUGAAUGAAGUUCACGUGGCAAAAAUACAACAAAUAGAAAGAGAGUGUGAGAUGGCUGAAGAGGAACACAGGAUAAAAAUGGAAGUGCUAAAUAAAAAGAAAAUGUAUUGGGAGAGAAAAUUGCAGACCAUCACAAAAGAGUGGCCUGUAUCAUCCUUUAACAGACCCUUUCCUAAUUCACCGUAGAACAGAAAGUGGCAGAAUUAAUCUGACUGAGCACAUUUAUAAGUAAUGCACACUGGAAAGAUGGUUUUUUAAUGUGAAUGUACAGUGACAGAAUAGGUGCCCAGCUGAUAGUGAACACACUUUGAUUCUUAACGUUUAUGGCAACAGUGGUAGAGCCUACCAAGGGAAAACAGUUUGUCUGUGGGUAAUUCUGACCUGUGUAACUUCCCCUCGCAGAAUACCCUGGCAUCCUUUUGAAAUUCAAGGUAUUCUGGGC